AUGCCUCUCAGAUCUAUAUUCCUUGUCUCUUCCCGUAAUAGCCAGGGCCAGCGCGCGCAUUUCUCAAUCUUUGUUCCCUCUGCGUCCUCCCCCAGUAUCGGUACCUCGAUACAUGUUGUCGGUGCGCCUAUCAUGGGUUAUGAGCUGGAAUUUAGACGGAACCACACCCCAUCUGUCAACGAGGAGCCAUAUGAAAUGAUCUCGAUCGGGCAGGUUGAGUCUAGCAAUAUCGUGGACUCUUCGGGCGAAGGCAAUCUGUUCGUAGAUCAUACACCCAGAGAUAACCUUGAGAUUGCCGCCAGUCAAGUACCUCCCCCUCCAAUCAGCGAGAAUUUUAUGGCACCUGUCAACGAUAGUGGGCCCAUGGAAUAUGUCCAUCGCUUAAUUGCUCGAGGCCUAAUCGGGGAAGAAGCAGCACAGAUUGUUCAGUCUAAACGUGAUCCGCCAACCCAUGGUAUUGGAUUGCAGCUUGCAGUGCGACGGCUGGCUUGA